CUACUAAUUCCAAAAAAAAAAUAUUAUUAAUUAAGUAUUUCAUGUCUCUUACUGUUAACUACUCAAACUAAUCUCAAUACAUCAAUCACCUUUGAAAACAAAUCAUCAGCGAGCCAAGUAUUUGAAAAACUCCAUACAUUAUUGGCUAUAUAGUUCAACGACAAUGAAUGUAAAAAUGAUGUCAAGAAGUUAUUACUUUCUCACAUGCUUCCUAUUUUUCGUGGACAUUAUUGCAACUGAAACGAGUCAUGAAGACUCUGAAAAGCCACAUUCCAGACAAAAGAGGCUGAUUUGGGUUACUGACGAUGGGCGAUUAGCAUUGCCACCAGGAACAACACUAAUCUUAGCACCAACACUAUCCAUGCCAUUAAUUAGAUAUCCACCAGAUGGAUUCCACUCGAAUAUCUCAAUAUCAGUUCCUUUAACAAUUGAUUUCGACAAGCUUGGAUUAACAGACAAUCAAAAUCCUUUGGGAACUUUAGGUCCAUUAUUAGCACGUAGCAUGAGUCGGGGUAUGAGUACAACAGCUGGUGAAGUACUUGCCGAUUAUGUCUACAAAUAUUUAAAGCACAGGCGGAAGCGUGAUGUUUCAAAUGACAUAGAACCUCCAAAAUUGCCAUUCGAGCAUGCAUUUCAUGGAGGUGAACGAGCUAUUUUAUACUCAGUAGUGGAAGAUUUUCUAAGUAAUUUUGGACUUGACGGACGAGCUUGUGUUUUGAGAACGAUUUGUGAGAUACAUACAUUCCGGUCAGUGAAUCGAUUCGGGUUGUUUGGGGAAUUUAUAAAGCUAUUUUUUACAGCAUCACUUUCUCCUUAUUCUGAGCAUCUUGAGGAAUACGUGGAAGCUGAGAAAACAGGAAAAGAAAUAAACGAGUGUCUUGGAUAUAUUAAGAAAUGUCCGAAGAGUCUUUUUAAAAGCUCAACGAUGACCUCAAUGACGAUAGAGAAACAGUCUGGUCAAAAAAUGUAAAUUAUUAUCCUUGUCAAGAUUAACGGUUAAGAAUUAUUCAAAAAAUAACGAUCAAAAAUUAUUUGAAAACUAUGUAAAAAAUUUGAAAAACGAUCGUUAAAAUUAACGAUGACCAUAUUUUGAUGCUUAAAUUAAUUAUUGCCUAUCUGUAAAUAAUCAAAAAC